UUAACCUUAGCCUUCAGACUUUGAGUUUACAUAUCGGACGGAUUUGAGUGGCAAACAAAUUCGUUGGUAGGUCGCUGUGGUGUUCGCUGUUCAGUGUAUUCCAGCGACAAUUACGUUUAUACGACUGAAGAUGAACGGAACAAAGAUAAAUGCCGAUUUGCAAAAGGAAAGGGCGAAAUGUACGUUCGACCCCAAGGAAUUAACGCACUUUUUGGACGGGAGCGAAUUGAAAACGAAAGAACGAAAAGAAAGAGAACAAUUCUUCCUCGAAGAUCCCGAACUCAAGUCAAAAGUGCCUAUGGAAUAUCUGAGCCACAAAGAAAAAUACGAAGAAAAUGUUCGAAAAGCUUGUGUAAUAUUUCGUAAAGUGCAGGAAUUGCAGAACGCUGGUAAAGCUGGGAUGGAAAACUACAGAGAAAUAUUAGGUGGCCAACUAGGAUCGGCGAUUUUACCAGAUGGCAAUCCGCUUACGCUGCACUACGUUAUGUUUAUACCCACUUUAUUGGGCCAAGGAAGUGUGGAACAACAAGGUGAAUGGCUAAAUAAAGCAUGGAACUGUCAAAUUGUUGGAACAUACGCACAGACAGAACUUGGCCACGGUACUUUCAUCAGAGGGCUCGAAACAACUGCCACGUACGAUCCAAAAACUGAGGAAUUCAUACUGAAUAGUCCAACCCUAACUUCGUAUAAAUGGUGGCCCGGUGGAUUGGGCCAUUCUGCAAACUACGCCAUAGUGGUGGCUCAGCUGCACAGCCUCGGAAAAUGUCACGGAAUUCACCCUUUUAUCGUUCAGUUGAGGGACGAAGAUACUCACAUGCCACUCGAGGGAAUCAUUAUAGGCGAAAUUGGUUGUAAGUUGGGCAUGAACGGAACGAACAACGGUUACCUGGGUUUCAAGAACGUGAGAAUUCCGAGGAUGCACAUGCUGAUGAAGAACAGCCAAAUUCUGCCUGAUGGCACAUACAUCAAAUCUCCCAGCAGCAAACUGACCUAUGGUACAAUGAUCUUUGUGAGGGUGAUGCUUGUUGCUGACGCUGCUUGUUAUCUAAGAAAAGCUGUCACAAUUGCUACCCGGUAUAGCGCCGUUCGUCAUCAGUCGCAGAUUAAACCAGACGAACCUGAACCUCAAAUUUUGGAUUUCGUGACUCAACAAUACAAACUGUUCCCCUUGAUAGCCACGAUUUUUGCUUUUCGAUUUUCUGCCAACUGGUUGUGGGAGGUGUACAACGAAGUGACGUCAGAGUUAGAAGCUGGAAAGUUGAGGAAUUUACCGGAACUUCAUGCUAUGGCUUGCUGUCUGAAGGCGGUCUGCACGGCAGAUGCAGCAAAUGGCGUAGAGCUUUGUAGGUUAUCUUGUGGAGGUCACGGUUACAUGACCUCUUCAAAUUUGCCCAAUACCUAUGGUUUGGUGACUGCGAUGUGCACGUACGAAGGAGAAAAUACCGUUUUACUUCUACAAACUGCCAGAUUCUUGAUUAAAUCAUGGCAAAAUAAAGAAGAAAUAGUAAAUUUGGAUACCGUUGAUUAUCUCUGUAAACCAGAGGUUAGACCAUUCGAGAAAUCGGUGAAUUGGAUCAUUUCCGCCAUGAAGCUAGUUGCAGCAAGAAAAGUUGAACUAGCUGCCCAAAACAUCGACCGCCGAGUGAAGACAGGAAAGGUCUAUGAAGAUGCUUGGAACGAAACAUCUGUUGAACUUGUUAGUGCUGCAGAUUCUCAUGGAAGAGCUUUCAUCUUACAAACAUACGCAAAUACUGUAGCAAGCAUAAAUACUCUAUCUCCACAAUUAAAAGAAGUGAUAGUUCAGCUCCAGCAACUAUAUACAGUAUACACUGCUUUGAGAUGUGUCGGGGACAUUUUAAGGUUCACCGCUUGUCAAGGGAAGGAUAUCAGCGUUUUACAAUCGUGGUUGGAAGAACUUUUAGCGGCUAUCAGACCGAAUGCAGUGGGAAUAGUAGAUGGUUUCGAUAUAUCAGAUGAAAUUCUAGCCUCAGCCCUGGGUGCCUAUGACGGUAAUGUCUACGAGAGGCUUUUUGAGGAAGCUUCAAAGAGCCCCUUAAACGCUGAGCCUGUGAAUAAAUCUUUCCAACAAUACUUGAGGCCCUUCCUCAAAUCAAAUUUAUAAUGAUAUUUUAGGAAAUUUUACCGGGGGACCAGUCAUAGUAUAAUUGAGUGUUUUUAGUUAAGUUCUUCAUUGAAUUUCUUGGGCGUGUUCACAUUUGAACUUCUAUUUCACUAAACAGUAUUUUAGAAAAAUUUCUCGGUUGAAGUGGCUUAUUUUAUAUAGUCGACAGAGAGUAGGUUUAACUGGUCGAAGAUAUAUAGGUGAUAUAAAGAAGUAAUUGUUAAUAUAUUUUUAUAAUUAGUUAUUAAUAACAGAUUUAUUUUGUGUUGCUGCUUCAAAUUACUUUAUUCAUGGUGCAUGAUCAAUUCACAAAUAUAUUGUACCAAAAAAUAGUUGAAUGAACAAGUCAAAUGAUGAAUGUAUAAAACAACAGAAAUAGUUCUUUUAUACCUAUAUCCAGUCAAUCAUCACGCAUAAGUUUCAUUCCUACAUUCCACAAUGUUCAUCCUUUUAUCUCGCAGUGGUUCAUCUCUUGUGAUAUAAUAAUUAUAUUUUAUUAUAACCUUUCACUUUUAUAUUCACUUUUUAGUGCCUCGUCCAAACUCUAUGGCAAUAUUGAGAAAAUACGAUUAUAGUAUUCAAGUCCAAAGAAAACUCAUCCAUGACUACAUUCGUUAUGGUUUUAUUUUUUUUUUUGUACAGUAACUGUUAUUUAAUCCAUGUCCCCAUACUGUUACGAGUAUAUUGCGUCCUUUUUGUGAAAUUUUUUUAUUCCACAUAAAAUAUUACUCAUUUCAAUGCGAUAUUUUUGAAAAAUAUGAAAUCACAAUGAAUAAAUAUAGUGAAAA